AUGGCUGAUCUGAAAAACACGCCCUCUAGAGCGCUCUCCGAGCACGUAGGGCACGCCGAGUCAAGCCAUUGUCCAGAGCACAAGUGGGCUUCGGCAACGGAGGUCGUGGAGAAAAAAUCUAUUUUCUACCCGCUGAGCGAGCAAGACCAACCUGCAGAAGAGGACGCCGGCCCUUCCCAAAGCCGUCCUCCCUCGCCACCUGCAGAUGAAGGAACGUCAGUCAGGACGGCAUCCGUUGCAGCACCUCUCAGCACCCGCGGACUGAGCAGCAGCGAGCAGGUGGGAGCCCUGGACCUUCAGGUGCGCCCCAGGUUGGGCUGGGAGAUCCCUCAGAUAACCUUGGGGAAAACAGAUGAAGGUGUAGAGUCCGGCCAAGGUCGGGAUGAAGCCCCGAGCUUCGGCGAGGCUGUGGCAGAGGGGGAAGAGGCCCGGAGAGAAGGGGGCGAGGCGGAUCCUGUGAAGACCCUCCCAGAAGAUCAAGGCCAGGACCCUCCUGGCCGGGGGGAGGACUCAGUCGGAGACUUGACCCAGACCUCCCCUUCCAGUUGCAAGGUAAAGUCCAUGUCGGGCCACGUCGGAAAAUGGAACAAGAACCUGACGUCCAGAACGCGAGGCGUUUUGUGCCCUGAUGGACCUCCGCCAGUAGCCCCAGGAUGGAUGAGCGAAAGACCGCUGGAUGGCAAUGAAAGAGCAGCUGCCCUCCGUUUAGGCUUCCGUUGGUUCCCAUACUACAACGAAGCAGAUCCCAAGGGCGUAGAAAACAGGAGGCAGAAAUACCGCGCUCUUUUUCCAAGCCAGGCACUGAAGCAGUGGAAGACAUACAAGCAAAAGGGGCUUCCCAAAAUAGCCGAAGGGAGAUUCACCUAUGAAUUCAGAUCAAAGAAGCCCAGAGCCAUUCUGAAGGCAGCGCUCCGAAUGAGUCACCUGGACGAGAGGAGAAACGAAGAAGCCCCGGCAUCCGGGCCGUUCUUUUACAUCGGCGGAGCGAAUGGGGUUGAGACCCUGAGUAAUUACUGCAAAAGCAAAGGGUGGCAACGGAUUUAUGACAACCGGAGGGAAGACUACGUCUUGAAAUGGUGCGAGACCAAGUUUCGGGACACCUAUUGCAACUUCCGAGAAGGAGAGCAGCUUCUCUACCAGAUCCCAAACAACAAGAUCCUGACGACAAAGAUCGGCCUGUUGAUGAACCUCAGGGAAUAUGAUCGGGUGAUGAAGAAAAUUGGCCAGGCAGCCAGAUUGCUAAAAAUGGAAGAUUUUUUCCCGGAGACGUUUCGUCUGGACACCAAAGACGAGAGAGAAGUCUUCUUUGAAAUGUACAGAGAACCUCAGAUUUGGAUCUGCAAGCCCACCAGCUCCAACCAGGGCCGAGGGAUUUUUCUCCUGAAAAGCCAAGCGGAGAUCCGAAGCCUGCAAGCCAAACUCCAAGGCAUGGAGGACGAGCCCGGCUAUAGGAAGCUGCCUUACAAACUGCCUCAGGCACGAAUCGUCCAAAGGUACAUCGACCGCCCUCUGCUGCUGGAGGGGAAGAAAUUUGACGUCCGCUCUUACCUGCUCAUCGCCUGCACCGUGCCCUACAUGGUCUUCUUCGGCCACGGCUACGUCCGCCUCACCUGCCUCAACUACGACCCCAAGUCCGACGAUCUCACGUCUCAUUUGACCAACCAGUACGUGCAAAAGAAGAGUCCCAUCUACACCCACGUCAAGGAGGAGACGGUGUGGCUGAUGGACCGCUUCAACAACUACGUCAACGAGAAGUUCAGGCAGGCCAAAGGUCUCCCCAGAGACUGGGUCCUUAACAGCUUUACCAAGAGAAUGAAAGAAAUCAUGUUGCAGUGUUUUCUCUCGGUCAAAUCCAAGCUGGAAUGCAAACUGGGCUUCUUUGAUCUCAUCGGCUGCGACUUUUUGAUCGAUGAAGAUUUUAAGGUGUGGCUCUUGGAAAUGAACGCCAACCCUGCCCUGCACACCAACUGCACGGCGCUGAGGAACGUGAUCCCCACGGUGGUGAACGAGACGCUGAAUCUGACCGUGGAGAUCUUCACCAAGGCUCAGAAGACCCAGAGCCUCCUCCCUCUGGAGUCCCUCUGCCACUUCGUCCUUCUCUACAACGGAACGGCUUCCAACAACGGGCUCCCCCUGCCAGCCAAGAGCAAGACCUCCCUCUGUUCCCUCAAGACCCCCCGGGCGAGUCUGGAGAGAGCCAGCGGCAGCAGCAGCAGCCCCGGGGUGCCCAACCUUCCGCCGGACAAACCGCCGCCCCCCAAAGUCUCCGAGAAAGCGCCAAAGGCAGACAGCCGAGGAGACAGCAAGGGAGAGCCCGCGGGCGCUCCGGAAGGGCUGGCUGUGCCCCCCAGCAAAGGCGUCCGACGGGACCCGCUCCCCAUGCCUCAGAUCCAGAUCUCCAUCGUCCCCAGCCUGACCUGCUGCCCUUCCGUCAAAGCCAUCCUCCGGGGGCAUCAAGUCUGCACCAGCGGCAACCAGUACAUCAUCAAACCGGUUCCGGCCGCCCCGGACAAGGCCGAGGGCGCCGAGGAUCAAGGCAAGGCCCUCAACCUGCCCCGGGGGAACUCGAAAGAUAAGUCCUACGCCACCUGGUUCCAGCAGACCUUCGGGACCAAGCUGCCGCCGGCCAGCGACAACCCCAACGGCGGGGAGAACGCCUUGACCAGCUCGCAGAUGCUCUCCCUCCAUCUGCAGUCCAGCCUGCCGCCCAACAGCUUGCUUCUUCCGGAGUUCCCCAAGUCCUUCUCCCCGCUCGGGGUCCCCGCCAAGAGGCUGCCGGCAGCCGAGACCAAGCCCAGGGCCGUCGCCGUGAGUCACAGUUGCCGGGAAUUGCUCCCGGAGGAGAAAAAGGUCUCCCACCGGGGUUCUUAA